AACUUUUCACUGGUUUCCUCACAUCGGUGUGGGCUCAGAUACUGGUCCUGGUCUUAGAAGGCUUCACGGGUCUUAACAUGAGCUCCCUGCUUUUUGUCCACAUGGAUUUGAUCAUGUUCCGAUGAUAUUAUGGUCACAUGGUGCGGACCCUCCUCAGAUUCCAGUCCCGUCCUGUCUUUAUCCCUGUGGACUCCGUCCAACUGCUCCGCGUCCGGCCAUGGAGAGGAACCCUCAGCCAGAGACUCCACUGUCUACCAGCAGCUGCUCUUCACCUGGUCCUGGAGGAAAACCCUGCUGGAACCUGGAUCUGAGACUGGUCGCACUCCUGCUGACCCUGGCUGCUGCUCUCAUCCUGGUCCUGCUCUACAGACUCCUGCAGCUCAGACACAGACUCCAGCUGACUCGUGCCAGACAUGCCCUGGAGUAUCAAGGCUUUUACCGCGCAGCCACGUACACACUCCAACACUCAGACCCCAGUCCUGACCCUCCUCUGAAGAACGGAACCAUUCCACAAUCUGCCGUCCCCAUCCCAACGGUGACAUCACUGACACCUGUGGACUUCACACCGCUACCACUUCCACCUACACUGCUGCCUCCGCCACCAGUGGAACCCAGUCCACCUCCACCCCCGCUGCCCAGACCCCUAGUCCGCCCUCCCCCUGCUCUCCCUCCUACGCCUCCUGUCCCAACUCUGCAGCUCCCCCUGCCUGUGAUCCAGGCCACUCCACCCAGCCCACACCUGUCGUGGGGAGCGUGUUCAGAAGUGGACAUUUACUCACGGAUCGGAACGUUCAGAGAGUCCAGACUUUCCACUCAGUCAAAGGUCAUCCUGUUUGAACACUCAUCCUUAUGACCUCUGCAGUCAUGUGAAUGCCAGGUCAAACUGGACAGAGCAUCAUGGACAGCAUGGGUCCUGUUGACCCUCAGUGUAGAACCAAGGUCAGAGGUCACUACAGCCUAGACUAUGUGGCAACUAUGCCUGGACUUUGGAAACUCCCCUGGAUACAAACUACCUUUACAAAUAAGAAGCUUCUUGUUGUUGUAAGUACGUGAGAAACUAAAUUGGAAUUAACCCUUUUCUGAACCAGGCGGGAUGGGCUGCACUUCACACCUACACCUGAGGGAGUUUUCUAUGAGGUUGAGCAGGAUUCAAGCUGAAAAGCCUCUGAUCACAAGCUCCAACCUGAGGUUCUAUUCAACCAUGACCUUAGGUCCAGAUGUUUUCUGUGGCUCCUCGACUGCAUAUGAUUUUUAUUGAUACCUUCCAUUGAUAAAUUGAUGAUGGUGAGAGGAACAUGCAUCUAUAUAUAUUGAAGACACAGAAGUGAUGCAUUGUGGGUUAAACAUUGCCAGGCUACAGAGAAUGUUGUAUUCAUGGUCAAUUCUCCAGUAGAAAGUUGUCUCUCCUUGCCCAGUGGGAUUCUCUCCCUCUCCAGGUUUCUCUCAUACCUAGGGCCACGAGCCACUGAUUGAACAGCAUGGCUUUAGCUGAUAUACUACAGGCUGCCCAGUCAUAAUCACUCUCACAGCUAUUACAGCAUCAGAGCAGCAGCGAUUGUAUAUGACUUAGAGUAAGUGUUAAAUCAUCACAUGAGGUCAGCAGCCAGUUAGGUUUCAUGCUGUGGUUCAGUGGACAGAGCAGAUUGUCCUUCAACUGGAAGGUCAGUGGUUCCUUAUCAGAGUCCUGCCUGUGUGCUUAUUGAUGUGACACUGACAGAAAGGAGACUGAAGAGUGAUUGUUGUCACAUAUGUUGAACUAUAAAAGACUGGGUUUUUAUUUUCAACCUUCACUUCACUGUAACAAUCAUCUCAUCCCAGAGUGUGAUGACGCUGUAAACAGUUGUCACACACAGGAGACGACAGUCACUCAGUGAUUUUUAUUGUGUUUCAUGUUCUACAGUGAUGCAGUUGUUGCAGCUGAUCCCAUUGUUCCCACAGAGGGGUGUGUUUUCCUGACCGUGGUUUUCCAGCUCUUGUUCUCUUCCCUCUGUGUUUCCUCUGAGCCUCAGUCUUCUGUUUAGGUCAGGUCUUCAAAUAAGUGACUGACAUAAAAAAAAGAAAUCUCCAACUGCAGCUGUUGACUCAAAUAUUUGGUUCAGGCUCCUGGACGAUCAGAGUCCAAUUAACGGUUGUUUGUUGGUUUGAUUAGAAAAAUAACAAAUAUGUACAGUACAAACCCCAUCAAUAAUUCAACACAUUUCCUCUACUGUUCUUACUGAUUCAUUUACAAAGAUUUAAAUUCAUCGGAGUGUUGUUUUCUCUCUGACAGAGUGAAAAGCGACACUUCAUGUAGAUACAUUUUUAAUUUCUCCGUACAGUUAGCUUUUGGUGCAUGAACGGCAGCGAUUACUAUGGCAACAAAUGACAUUUAAAAAGAUAAUUAAGCAAAGGUUAUUUGAGAAUUCAAAUAGGUGGGUUACAAAAAUUGCUGCCGUGUCUAAAUGUCAGACCGACUUCUCUGACAGAAAACUGAAGAUUUAAACCACUCACUCUACCAAGCCAAAGCUCGUACCAAAGUCCAUAGAGAAAAUCAGUGAUUUU